AUGCUUUCUAGCUCCAUUCCGAUAGAGAUAAGUAACUUGAGGAAUUUGAAGGUUCUUUUAUUGUGGCAAAGUGGACUUUCGGGACCCAUACCUUCAGAAAUUGGGAGGCUUCCUUCUCUUUCUCAACUUGACAUAUCAGAAAACAAUCUCAUUGGCUCAAUCCCAUCAUCUCUUCAGAAGUUGACUAAUCUACGUGAUUUAAACCUUUACUUGAAUCUUCUUUCGGGCUCAAUUCCCCAAGAGAUCGGGAAAUUGGUAUCUCUUCUAGACUUAAACCUUAGUUGGAACAAAUUCAGUGGUUCCUUGCCUUCUGAGUUCAAUAAGUUAACAGGUUUGAGAUCUUUGUAUCUAUCUCAUAAUGAAUUAGAGGGGGAACUGCCGGAUGAUACAUGCCUUGGGAGAUCAUUGCAACGUUUUCAUGCAUUCAAUAAUCAGUUCACGGGUCCGAUCCCAACAAGCUUAGAGAGCUGUAGCACAUUAGUUAGAUUGAGGCUAGAAGGAAACCAACUUACUGGAAAUAUAACAGAAGCUUUUGGAACAUAUCCACAUCUAAAUUAUGUGGACUUGAGCCACAAUUAUUUGAACGGCGUGCUGUCAUGGAAAUGGGAGCAUUGUCCUAAUUUGACGUGCUUAAAAAUAUCAAACAACAACAUUUCUGGUGAGAUACCCCCAAUAUUUGGAAGGAUGGCUCAAUUACAGGUACUCAACCUUUCUUCAAAUUGUUUAAGCGGAAAGAUUCUGAGGGAAUUGGGAAGCUUGCAACUACUGCUAGAUCUUAUCCUCAACAACAAUGGGAUUACAGGUGAUAUUCCUAAUGAAAUUGGAUUUUUAUCUCGAUUGGAACAUCUCAACCUAGCAUCAAACAAUUUGAGCGGAGCCAUUCCAUUGAAGCUCAGCCUAUGCACCAACUUGCUAAGCUUGAACUUGAGCCAAAAUAAAAUCGAGAGAAGCAUUCCUCCUGAGAUCGGCGAUGCACGAUUCCUAAACGUUCUAGAUUUGAGUCAGAAUCUAUUGAUUGGAAGGAUAUCACCAGAUCUAGGAAAACUAAGAGUCCUAGAAACAUUUAACAUCUCCCACAAUGACCUCUUUGGUACCAUCCCACAUACUUUUACUGACUUAUUGGCAUUAACUUCUGUUGACGUCUCUUACAACAACUUGGAAGGUCCUCUCCCAAAUGUCAAAGCUUUUAAGGAGGCUUCAUUUGAGGCAAUUCGGCAUAACAAGGGGCUAUGUGGGAACGUGGUUGGCUUACAGAAAUGCAAUGUUUCUAACAUUAGCAAGAAACACAAUCGACACAGCAGAGGUAGAAUUUUAAUUAUCGUGGUCCUCUUGUUCUUGGUAUUCCUUGUUCUCUCUUCCUUCUUGAUUUUUUUCGUAAUUGUUAAUCGCCGUCGAAGAAAGAUUAUCAAGAGAGAGAGGAAUGCACAGACAAAGACGAAUGAUUUAGAUUUCUUGCAUAUUCUGAGUUUUGAUGGCAAAAUUUUCUACGAGCGAAUCCUGGAGGCCACAGAAGGAUUUGACUCCAAGUACUAUUUGGGAGAAGGAGCCUAUGGCGUUGUUUAUAGAGCUGAUCUACCCACAGGUCAAACUGUUGCAGUCAAGAAAAUACCAUCAUCCCAAGAAGAUGACACCGUCGACAUCGUUCCAUUUGAAAGGGAAAUUGAAGCCUUACAAAAUAUUCGCCACCGCAGCAUUGUGAAGCUUUAUGGGUUCUGCUCUCAUGUACGAAAUUGUUUUCUAGUGUAUGAGUACAUGGAAAGAGGGAGCUUGAGAAAAAUUUUGAAUGACGAUGAAACAGCAUCAGAGCUUGGCUGGGAGAAAAGGAUGAUCAUGGUUCAAGCAAUUGCGGAUGCAUUGUGA